AUGUCUGAUCUAACUCACCUUUUGUUUUGGAUAGACCAAGAACCAGUGGAAAGUGAAGUGGAAAUCUACUUACCAGCAGACACACCUAUCCAAAGACCUUCUGCCAAAGUACUGCACCAGAUGCAAAAAGCGAGACAAAUCAAACACAACAGAGAAACAAGAAGAUUAAAGACAGUGUAUUAUGAAAGACUAAAGGCCAUCAAACGAGACUUGGCAAAAGGUGUACAGCGUCACCUGUUGCCUAAGUUUCCCAGUACACCUAGUAAAAUUGACAUUCUAUCAGGCACAGAAUUUAUCAAUCAGAAUCAAAAACAGAUAGUCGAACUCUUGAAUUUUGCUCGGUCAGUCAAG